AUGGCGGUCUCCAAUUUCGUCACAAGCCAGUACUCAUCCGAGGCCUUUGUCGAGAGCUGUGGCGCGGUUGUCUUCGAUCUGUCCAAGGAACCCGCAAAGGUCUGCCUGCUGCACUACCUAGCCUUGGACGAAUGGUAUCUUGCAAAGGGCAGGCGGAACUGCGGGGAGUCCAGGCACGAGGCGGCGUUGCGGGAGGUGCUCGAGGAGACGGGCGUCCGCUGCAGACUGCUACCUGUGGACAUGUCCACACGGGCGCCGGCGCCUGACGACGAUGCCAACGCCCCGGACGCGGCCACCGCGCGUCGAGCGAUCACAGAGCCGUUCACGUUGACGAUUCGAAGCAUCGACAAAGGGGACGGAGUGAAACUCAUCUGGUGGUACGUCGCCACCGUCGAGGGCAGGCCGGACGGGGAGGAGGUGGUGACGGCGGGAGGGGAAGCGCAGUUCGCCACGAAAUUCUUCGUCUGCAAUGAGGCUGUCGAAAAGCUCACGUUCGAGAAUGACCGCAAGGUUCUCCGAAAGGCCAUUGAUCUGGUCAGAAAAACCAUCUCCAAAUCGCAGUCAGCCAAAUAAUUGCAAGAAAGUGCCCUCAUCCCAUGCCCUGCCUGACGAUGUAUUUCUCUAUUCGGCAGGGGCUUCACAACCCGCGCAGCAGGCGGACAGGCAUCAACUGGGGGAAUCCACGCCUUCGAUGGCGCUAUCAACUCUCCUGCGGGGGUAUAGAAGCGACCCUGUCAAACUCGGACCAAUCGCCGUCC